GCGUCUCCUGCUCUCUGGUCCCUGCUGGUUUCUUUCAUUUGAGACUUACUGGGAAGAAAGAGAGGGAAAGUUGGUAAUUAUCAAUAGCUCGAUGUGCAGGGAAAGAGGAGGUGGAGUGUGUGGCAGGGGGAAAGUACAACUAACCCUUGGCUGUGAAUAAAAACCUGCAUUUCAAUAGCAAGCGCAGGUGGAAGCUUUAGAACAAGUGAAGAGGAUUGUUCCGUAUACAGCGUCGGAAGGUCAAGCUCUGGGAGCUUGACUCCAUCUCAAAGACGUUACCGAGCCGACGAAGGCUUUCUGACAGUUGGAAAACAGGAAGUGCCCACUGCGCAGAAUGGAGUGGCAGGUUCUGGUGUUGGCUCUUUGCAUGGGUUUGGCUCAUUCGGCCUCUGCAGACUGUGCAGCCCAGUGCUCCAUGUGUGCCGUGCAGACCCAGGAUUUGGAGAAGCCCAUCAGUCCCCUGAUCUGUUCGCUGGAGUGUCAGGGCUCCUUGCUGUCCCGCGCGGAGUGGGAGAGGUGCCAGACUGCUCUGGCUCUCCUCACCCCGCUGAUGGCAGUGGUGGAGGGCCAGGGCCUGUCCCCUCUGGAGGCUGAGGCGAAGGCAGAGCCAAAAGGGAGCCCCAUCUCCGGCGAGCUCCCCAGCGGCCUGGUCAAACGCUACGGUGGCUUCAUGAAGAAACUGGACAAGAACAAGAUUUUCUCCCUCUUGCGUGAGAACGCCCACAGCAAAGGCGGCAUGACUAAGAAGUACGGUGGCUUCUUCCGCAAGCCGGGGGAGAGGGCGGCCUCUGAGGUGGUGGAGGACUACCCAGAGCUGGAGGCCAGGGAGACAGGCGACCACGGGGAAGAACCUGAGGAAGGAAACCUCAAGGACGAGAUGAAGCGCUACGGGGGCUUUCUCCGCAAGUACCCCAAGCGGAGCUCGGUGCUGGUGCCCGAGGGGGAGGGCCAGGAGCUGGAGGACCUGCACAAGCGCUACGGGGGCUUCAUGCGCAGGAUCCGCCCCAAGCUCAAAUGGGACAAUCAGAAGCGCUACGGGGGCUUCCUGCGGCGCCAGUUCAAGGUGACGACGCGGUCGGAUGAGGACCCCAACGCCUACUCGGGGGAGGUCUUGGACCUAUAGAACCCCCCCGACAGUCGGAAUACUUCCAGUAUGGACUGCAUCGCUCCUCCCGCGCCACAUCACCCUCCUGUGCUCAGCCAAGCAUCCCAGGCAUCACACACCGACCCAGACGCACCACCCCGCUGCUGCUUCCCUG